GAAGGUUCGAUCUCUUCCACCAUCAUCAGCGAUUUCUUCCACAUCUUCACAGAUCGCAGCUAGGGCACGCGACUUCACUUCCGGCGCCCAUACUCUUCGUUCCGGCAAGCAUACAGCCACCUCUCCUCUUCGGGUUAAGAAGAGGAGAGUAUACCACCUAUUCCGGACAGCACCUUCGCCGACGGGCAGCAGCUUCCUUCCAACUCCCAUUUGUUCACUCAUCGAGUCAGAUUUUGGUGCCACUGAAAGACAAGGUGUGAGACAUUACUAUGGAGCUAGAAACCUUCAGAGAAUGACAUAUCAGGAAAGUUUCAAGGACUGGGAAUCAAUUGGAGUCAAAAUAAUACCUAUUCUGUCCCAACCUGAUGAAAGAUGGAGUGGCGAAAGAGGAUAUGUACAGACAGCUUUUUCAAGAGCUAAAGAUAUACUAAAUCCUUCAUCAACUGUUGUUGUGCUUUGUGGGCGCAAACAAAUGGCUGAGUUUGGAUUCAUAGGAGUAUUUGCUGGUCUGGUACCUAAUCUGCUAGUCUCCUCAAGCAUGCUUUCCAUGAGAGUUGUAGAUAUCUCCCCUAUACGUGUCACCUCUAUACCAACAAAAUACUUGAGAUCGCCUAAGUUCUUAUUUUGAAAAUGCUGGCGGAGAUAAUCUUUCAGUUAUGCAAUCCCAACUGCAUCAUCCUUGCUAAUGAUAAUGUGGUCCACAAACAAGAAGAAGAAUGCAUCUACUUGACUGAGAGGAAUUAUGUUGAGGCUCUGUUUGAUGAACUUGUAGAAAGUACAAGAAAGCUGAUAAAAGCAACUUCUAGAGAGAUUGAGAAAUGGAGAUAAAAUGGCAAAUAUGUUGCUCUUCUCCAUGUAAAGGCGUACAGAACUAUCCAACCUUUAAUUUCUUACGUCGUUAAGAAAAAUUAAUCGAAUAUUUAAAGAUUGUUAAGUCAGACUACUAGUGGCACGUUUUUUGUGUUUUUUUUCCCUUUGAUUUGGUUGUGGUGCAACUUUAAAUCAUUUCUUUUUCUCCACGUUGUAUUAUUGAAAUGGUUGAACUGAAUUUGAUGUUGAUGCUUCCUCAACCUCAACUGAGAUGGAAAAAGAAUUUUGAUAA